AUGCCCACGCAUUUCAUCCGCCCGCCCUCCGCCACGUGUACAUUCGACCCUCAGCGCCUGCCUGCUGCUCUUCGUUUUUUCGGUAUUUAUGUCGGGACACAGUGCGUUGUCAUUUGCACCAAAAUCUUCAAAGAAACAACCCGUCCCAAAAAAAAACCACCAGGCAAAUCCCGCCCCCCACCACGGUACCCACACGGUACGUACAGUAUUAAGAUCCCCACACUAUUCACAAAGAAGUCCACGGCCACGCCCACCACGCCGAACGCUGCUCCAACAUCCGCCCACCCCCGUCGGGACAAUCCGCAACCCGCCAUCUCCUCCACAAUGCGCGCCGCCAUGCCGCGUCUAGCCACGCUCGCGGCCACCGUCUACUCGCUCCCCGUCGCCCGCGCCGAGCCCCCACGGGCACCCGUCAAGGCCCCGCUCCCGCGCACCGACUCCACCGUCCCUCUCUCUACCCCCGACCAGCGCCGCACCUCAAACCCGGACGACAUGGUCCCCAUCACCCGCGAGCUGCUCUCGCACCACUACCGAAACUUCCCGGACCCCACCGUCAGCGACGACCUCCGAGCCCUGCGCGUCAGGAUGCAGGUCCUCCGAGAGGCCGCGGGCCGCCACGCAGACGUCGACUCCAUUUUGACAGAGCAGCUGCCCUCGGGCCUGGACAGCUCCAUGUACAAGGCCCGCUGCGCCUGCGAGGAGGCUGCCGAGCGCGUCGAGGACACCCCCGCCUUGGCCGCCUUGCAGGCCCGCCUGCGCGGCUGCGCACACAAGUUCGAGCACUUCCAGAUCAAGCAGCGCGAGCACGUCAACUCAGUCAUCGACCAGUUUCUGCCGCAGGACUUCCGCGCCUCGCUCUUCACCGCCGCGAAGAACAACAGUGAGAAACGCAACGCCCAGGCCAUGCGCGAUUUGAUGGCCGCCGGCGGCACCGUGCGCGACAAGUACAAGCUCUUGUGGGAGCAGCAGUGGAGACGGAGGGAGAACUUGGCCGCCGUAGGUAACGCUACCGGCGUGUGGAAGUGGCUCGUCAAGUAUCUCGCGGGCGUGCCGCAGCCGCUGCUGACGUUUGCCAAGAAUAUCAACGCCAAGGACGGGCCCACUGAGGCGCUCAGGGAGAAGUUUGGCGCAACCUUGGCGGAGCUUGCCAACUUUGCCAUCGCAAUGAACGCGCUUUGUGCGGCCGUGGCCAAGGCGGGAGGCGAUGAGGCCGCUGCUAGGCUGCUGCAAGAGAGCUUACAAGUUUAUGAGAGGGAGAUUGACGCUUUUGUCAAGCUUUUGCAGAGAGUAAUUACGAAUUCUCCCUUCUUUAUCGAGCCAGAUCAGAUCGAGGCGGCCGGGCGGACUAAAGUCAAGCCGCUACAUUCUUGAUUAGGGUGUCACGAAUCAUAAGUGUUUUGCACAUUUCACACAGAUUUUGUACUAAUACAGUAGACCAGAUUAUAGAAAUCCACGGCAAUGGCGUGGAAGAGGUACAAAGGAAGGGGCGAGCCCCAAGGAAGAGUUUGCAGGUGCAAAGUUGCAACUGUGCACAAAGAAGGAUGAGCAGUCAUGCGAGAAAGCACAGCAACAACUCUUACAUACCACAUGUAUUGUACGGUAUGCCGUAAUAAAUUUACAAGUCAGGCAACGACGCACCCGACAGCUUGCAUUCGAUUGUCA